AUGGCCGCGCCCAAUCUCCCCCUCUUCCUCCCCGUGGCGUUCCUCCUCCUCGCGGCGGCGCCGGCCCCCUCCGCCGCGGAGAAGUUCGUCGUCGGCGGCAAGAAGAACUGGGCCGCCAACGUCAACUACACCACCUGGCCCGACCAGUACCACUUCCACGUCGGCGACUGGCUCCGUAAGCACCCCACUCCUCCUCCCUAG